GUACGAGUUGUCAUCGCCUUGGUGUACCUGGUGGUGUGUGUCCUGGGGCUUGUGGGUAACCUCCUGGCUCUGUUCCUGCUCCACUCGCACCGCUGGGGCCAACACCACUCGUCUAUCGACUGCUUCGUGAUGAGCCUCGCGCUGACAGACCUCCAGUUCGUCCUCACCUUGCCCUUCUGGGCCGUGGACACCUUGCUGGACUUCCGCUGGCCCUUUGGCCGGGUCAUGUGCAAGAUCGUGAGCUCGGUCACCACCAUGAACAUGUACGCCAGCGUCUUCUUCCUCACCACCAUGAGCGUGACGCGCUACCACUCUCUGCUCACCUCGAUGAAGAUGAGCAGCCCCAAGGUUGCUAAUGCUCGUGCCAGGUGUGCCAGUUUAAUUAUUUGGGUGGUGUCACUGGUGGCUACGUUGCCUCAUGCUUUCUACUCCACCACAGUCCAGGUGUCUACAGAUGAAGAGCUGUGCUUAAUGCGCUUCUCUGACUCCGACUCAGGUCACUGGGAUCCUCAAGUCCUGCUUGGACUCUAUCAAACACAAAAGGUUCUCCUUGGAUUUGUAAUUCCCUUGACCGUGAUCUCUGUGUGCUACCUCCUUCUCCUGAGGUUCAUCCUGAGCCGACGCAUCGUAGGCAGCAUGGAGAGCGGGACCCUCACAGAGAGGUCAGAGUGUGAGAGAGGACGCCACCGCCGCCGCCGCUCCAAAGUCACCCGCUCCGUCACAAUCGUAGUUCUGUCAUUCUUCAGCUGCUGGCUGCCUAACCAGGCUCUCACUCUGUGGGGGGUGCUGAUCAAAUUUGACUUGGUGCCCUUCAGUAAAGCCUUCUACAACGUCCAGGCUUACGCCUUCCCCCUGACUGUGUGUUUAGCUCAUGCAAACAGCUGUCUCAACCCCGUGCUCUACUGCCUGAUCCGAAAAGAGUACAGAGCAGGACUGAAGGAGCUCCUGCUGAGCGUGUCCCGCUCCGUCCGAAAUGUUCUCAAUAGGACUCUGAGAGGGAGGAGAGUGGAGGACAUCGUCAUGUGAUUUACUCUACAUGUGGUUCAUAUAAUUCUUCGCUUGCUUGCUGAGCGUUGAGAAAACUGAUACCAACCUCAUGUUUGUAAGCUUAAUAUGAUGCCACAGCCAGCAAUGAAAUGGAGGGAGAGCUAGCUUCCAAAGGCUCACUAACACAUUUGGUCUCAUUUGGUCACUUAACCCUUGCAAAAACAAAGCGAAAAGAUGACAAUCUGUCCAAUUAUUGUUACUGUGCACUGUUGCCUCUCUCUCUGUGAACUAAGGCCACAGCUAAAAUGUAGGCGCAUGAUUUCCAAAAGUAAGCAGCAAGCCAAUUAGUGAAGUGUUCACAUAACUGUGCACAAGCAGAUAUGCAUUGGAAAGGCCGGUUUCCCAGUUUAAAGCUAAACUAACGAGGUGACCAGUGAGCUUUAGAGGUGCUGGACAGCUGACUUCAUUAUUUUUUUACAAAACCAAGCUAGCCAUUACCUCCUUUUUCUAUUCUUUGUUCUUAGAACACUCCAGUGCAAAGGCACAUCUCCCAAGAUGUCAAACUGUUUUGUGCCAAAUUGACUUUGGUGCCAUUUUUUAAUCAUGUUCCUGUGUGACACUAUUGUGUCAUUAUUUUUACAUUUGCACAGAAACCUGAACAGCAGGGUUAGGGUUAGAGUUAGGGUUAGUUCAUUAUUUCCGUUUUCCCACUUUGGAACUGAUCUCCUUGAUGACAACUACAUUCUUGGAAACGAUCAAACCCCUGAUUGAGCCCACUCUUAGUGACAAUGGCAGCAAACAAAAUACCAUGUGUUGUUUAAAAGAUGUUAAACUGUAAAGUUAUUUUUUUACAUUGCAUCUACAUAUGCCAUCAUUAGGAUGGUAUGUUUGUUCAUUUUCACUAGGAUUGAUGUGUUUAAUAUUUGUGUAAUUGUUGCUAAGUCAAUAAGGAAACUACAGUUAAAGCAUGAACCUGCCGUCUUUCGUGUCUCUCUGCCUUGCCGUGCCACCGUGAGUCAUUUUGUAACUGCCCAGAUGUAAUGUGACAUUAAAUAAAAUGAGAG